GGCAUUGUCUGUCAGACCGUUUUUGUGUACUUUUUUUCAUCUUCUCUUUCUUGCGAGAAUUUCACUCGGACUACGGUAUAUUAUAUUUAUUAUUUACACUUGUCAGUACGCACGGUCUUGUGAAAAAUUUAUGCUUGGAGUUGAAUAGUGAAAAGUGGAAAUUGAAUACGAAUUUUCGUGUAGUUAUUCGCGAAAUAAUUCGUCAAUGGUUGUGUAGCAAUCUAUUAGUGAUUACAUGAUUCAAUAGUGUAAGACCUAACAAGGAUACAAAAGCAACUGAAGUCAGCAUCAUGGCAUGGAGAUUCAAAGCAUCAAAGUAUAAAAAUGCUACACCUAUUGUACCUAAACCUGAAGCAUGUAUUCGUGAUAUCUGUGUUGGAUCAUAUCAAACUUAUGGGAACAAUAUUGCAGCAUCUGCUGCAUUUAUGGCAUUUAACGUAGAUCAUAAUGGCUCCAGUUUAGCUGUUUUACCAUUAGAAGACUGUGGUAGAAAAAGUAAAUUGAUGCCUUUGCUUCAUGCACAUGGCGAUACCGUAACAGAUAUGGAUUUCUCUCCGUUUCACGAUGGAUUACUUGCAACUGGAUCACAAGAUUGCUUGGUUAAAUUGUGGCACAUACCAGAAAUUGGAUUAGAAGAACCACUUUGUAAUCCAGAGUGUAUUUUUUCUCAUCGUCAAAGGAGGGUUGAAGUUGUGCGUUGGCAUCCUUGUGCAGAGCAUCUUUUGACAACUGUGUCAUAUACAAAAUUGACUCUUUGGGAUGUUCUUUCUCAGAAAGAAUUAUUUUCUAAUGUUGAACAUAAAGAAGUUAUACAAUCGCUUAGUUGGAAACACGAUGGUACUUUACUUGCCACAUCUUGUAAAGAUAAGCAAGUAAGAGUUAUAGAUCCUCGUGCUGCAAAAAGUAUCGUUCAAUCUGCUUCCAGUCAUCAAAGUAUUAAGGAUUCUAGAAUUGUAUGGUUGGGAAACUCUGAUAGACUCUUAACGACAGGCUUUGAUUCUGCUAGACUACGACAAGUGUAUAUUCGUGAUUUGAGAAACUUAAACGAUCCAGUAAAAACUUUAGAACUUGAUUGUAGCACAGGAAUUUUAAUGCCAUUAUUCGAUCCUGAUACAAACAUGCUAUUUCUUGCUGGUAAAGGAGAUACUACGAUAAUGUAUAUGGAAGUCACAGAAAAGGAUCCAUAUUUAGUCGAAGGUAUUAGACAUAGUGGAGAACAAACAAAAGGCGUUUGUGUCGUACCAAAACGAGCAUUAAAUGUCAUGCAGGCUGAAGUUAAUAGAGUACUUCAACUAACAUCUACAAUGGUCAUUCCUAUUAUGUAUCAAGUACCAAGAAAGACCUAUAGAGAUUUUCAUGCGGAUAUUUAUCCCGAUACAACUGGCUACAUAACUCAAAAUACAGCAGCUGCUUGGAUUCAAGGACAUGAUUUAUCAGUACCAAAAAUAUCAUUAGAUCCAGCAAAAAGAAAUAAAGGAGAAGAACCAAUGACGGUACAUAAAGGAAAUCUAACUACCUUGAAAAAUAACCAGCAAGAUAUGAAAUUGGAGGUUCGACAGCAGAAGGCAAUAGCAAUGUCAACCCCAAAAGGAUACGCGAAGGCUCAAUCGUACAUUAUAUCGGAAAAAGAUGAUAUGAUUCAUGAAAAGAAUAACAUUUACGAGGACAAGGAUUAUAAAAAGGCCGAGCUCGAUAAAAUGGAAGAUGAAAAAUCGAAGAUGCAGAAUGGGGCUCAAACAGUUCCACCAAAACCUCUUCCAAGAGCUUCCAGGACUAAUAGCUUGUCGGAGGAGGGAACAAAAGAAGAACCGAAGCCAGUAGCUCGUCCGAGAACAACACCGAAUCCUGGAUCAGUUGUUACCUCUGUGAAUCCAAACGUCAUUGGAGGAUAUAAGCCACGCUUGGGACCAAAACCAUUUCAAGCCAAGUCAGCGAGUCAAGAGUUUUCAUUUGAUAAGGUGUUUUCAGUUCCGCACGCGCCAUCCGGUGAGAGCAAUGGCCAUGUAAACAACGAUGGUUACGACACUAAGGAUUUGAUGAAUGACGUUGACAAGUCACCAACUUACGAAACCGACCGCGGUAAGGAAUUCGAACCUAUCAAGAGUGAUUCCAGUUCUAUCGAGGAGGAUGCCAAUUCGAGCGAUUCUGGGUAUAAACCAAAGACUCCUAGUACGGCCGAGAGACGCAGACUAUUCGAGGUCAAGGUAAAGGAUGAAUCGCCCGAAAAUGAAGAUUCUGGUAAUUUUGAAAGAGGAAAUUCCAAUAGAAAUUCCAUAGCUGAAAGACGACGCUUAUACGAGAACAGAUCUGCAUCGGUAACUGAUGGUAAUUUGGCAGAGAAGGCGACUGGCUCACCAACGUCGAUAAGGCGAAGAGAUUCUUUUAAAACAAAAAGCGACAUCAUUAAGGAGGAUGACGUAAAAAAAGUUAUUCCAAUAUUGCGACAGCAAAGUAUGGAUCCACGACUCGAGAAGCCGGAACCUAUAACUACUCCAACUCCUAAAAGAACAUCCACGGUAUUUGGUAGAGUAUCUAAGUUCAGACACUUGAAAGGUACCUCUGGACAUAAAUCGACACACAUAGAAAAUAUUAGAAACAUCAGUCGCCAAGUAUCCGGAGAAUGCGAUGGAUUUCACGCCAAUUCGGAUAGAGUAGCCGUUCCUUUGAGCGGUCCUGGUGGAAAAAUAGCGGUUUUGGAGCUGAAAAGAACAGGAAGACUGCCCGACGGGGUUAUGCCGGCUUUGGUGCAUGGAGCAACUGUUAUGGAUUUUCAAUGGGAUCCCUUCGACAAUCAGCAUCUUGCAGUUGCUUGCGACGAUGGGAUGAUCCGAUUGUGGGAAAUACCGAAUUCCGGAUUAAUGGAACCAACCAACGAACCCAAUUACACAAUUGAAGCACACACUGAUAAAAUCUAUCUCAUUAAAUUUCAUCCUCUGGCGGCCGACGUUCUUGCUUCAGCUUCUUACGAUAUGACGGUGAAAAUCUGGGACCUUGAGCCUCUGAUAUCCGGUCUGUCGAUAAAAAGUCAGAUUACAUUACAUGGCCACACCGAUCAGAUAUUUAGCUUGGCCUGGUCACCAUGUGGUCAGUAUGUCGCCACUGCUUGCAAAGCAGGUAAACUAAGAAUCUAUAAGCCACGAAGCAGUGACAUCCCUAUUAGAGAGGGCAAAGGCCCAGUGGGCACGAGGGGCGCUAGAGUUGUAUGGGCGUUAGACGGACGUUAUUUGGUUGUUAUGGGAUUCGAUAAAGUUUCAGAAAGACAAAUACUUGUAUUUAAGUCAGAUAAUCUAAAUGCUCCAUUAAAUACAGUUGGUCUCGAUGUUUCUCCAGCAAUUUUAAUGCCAUAUUACGACGAGGAUAGCUCGACUUUAUUUCUUACAGGACGAGGCGACUCGACAAUUUAUGCCUUUGAAGUAACAGAAGAGGCACCGUUUUGUUGCCCGUUAAGUCAUCACCGUUGUGCUUCAUUGCAUCAAGGUUUAUCUUUCUUGCCGAAAAAUAAAUGUGACGUUGCAAGUGUCGAGUUUGCAUCUGCUUUAAGAUUAACGAAUAAUACUAUAGAGCCGUUAAGUUUUACAGUACCGAGAAUUAAAAGUGAACUUUUUCAAGAUGAUUUAUUUCCACCAACUAAAGUAACAUGGAUACCUGCAAUGAGUUCAAGAGAGUGGUUUGAUGGAGUUAAUAAGCAAGUAUUAAGAAUCAAUUUAAAACCUCCUGGGAUGGAUAAUUUAACUGAAAAUCAAGGACAAGCAGUGGUAACCGCGCCAAUUUCGGCUAAACAAAACAUGGGGAAUUUAUCAAUAUCUCAGCCUUAUACAAAAUUAUCUGGAUAUCAUCCCGAUGUUAGAGCAAAACAAUUAGACAUGCAAAAGAAUUUGAGCAUCCUUGUGGGUGAUGUAAUUACAUGUCCACUGGAACAAGAUUACGUGGAGGGCGUGGAAGAUCACGAAUGGGACGAUUAAAUAUUACGCCAGAUAAUGAAAAUUUUCAAAGAUGAUUUUUAUAAUAUGAAAGAUAUUUAUGUCCGGAGGGUAUUUGUGCAAAGGUAUGGAAUUGUCCAAAGUAAUAUAAUUCUUUGAUCGUUAUUCCACAAGUGGAU